GGCCGAGGUGCCAAUGCCGUUGAUGUCCGCAGGCCUUCACUCUUCAGCCUUGGUCUCGUCCUCGAUUGGAUCACCCUCCGAGAUGCCCGUGCCCACCGAGCUUCCCACCAGUCCGGUUUCGGAGACCGACGAGGUCCAGACGGUGCCAGAGCCCACGAUUUUCUCAGGGGGUGAGCCCACGAGACAGUUGGAUGAGAUUCCGUUCAAAUCCUCAGGUCUUCACUCAUCGGCCAUGGGCCCGAGCUCCUCGCAGCUGGAGUCGCCGUCGGAGAUGCCGGUACCGACUGAGAUGCCCACAAGUCCCAUGUCGGACAGGGAGGCACCGCCCACACGGAUCUCAGGCGAGCUGGGCAGCUGGUGGGCCGAGGACAUUCCCUUGCAGUUCAGAUCCUCAGGUGUUCAUUCCUCGGCGCUGGGCCCUGGCUCGUCGCAGUUCAUUGACUCGCCCUCUGAGAUGCCGGUGCCAACAGAGAUGCCGACCAGUCCAACCUCCCUUGAAGUGCUUGAGGCGGGCACUGGAGAGCCAACGCAAACGCAACUCCCAGGCGCGCGGGAGAGUCGCCCUCCGAGAUGCCAGUGCCCACAGAGAUGCCCACCAGCCCUGCGAUGGACAUUGGAGAGGCACCACUACCUGUGCCCAUUGCGCCCUUGUCUGAAGGCGAAGAAGAGGCAACGGUGCAAGAGGCCGAGGUGCCAAUGCCGUUGAGGUCCGCAGGCCUUCACUCUUCAGCCUUGGUCUCGUCCUCGAUUGGGUCACCCUCCGAGAUGCCUGUGCCCACCGAGCUUCCCACCAGUCCGGUUUCGGAGACCGACGAG